UUUUUAGGUUACCAGAUGAUGCCAACAGCUCCUAACCGAGGCUUAAUAAGAAAAAUUGAACCCAGCCCACCAAGUACGCAAAAUUUAUUCAAUUUUCUGACAAUGUGUACUGAGAAUAUAAUCACCUUCUGGAGAAUUGUCCGCCACCAUGAUAAUUACAUAUCUCUUGCUAUGGUAGAUACCAUUAAUUUGGGACAAAAGCCAGACCAGAUUGCAAUUGUCUAUGAUAUUCUCGCUGUUGCUUAUAAAAAAAGAAUAAAAUAUUUUAAAGUAGCUGCGAGAAAACAGCAACAGGGAUUUUUCAUCUCAGUUAUCACGCAUAUCAAAGAUGAAAGUCAUACCGCAAAUAUAACACAGUUAUGUGGAAACGACAAUUUGCGCAUUAUUGCUUCAGCAUCUAAAGACAGUCGAAUUAAAAUAUGGGACGUUAAUUGCAGCCUACUUCGUGAGUUAGUAUUUGAUAAUACAUUAUCUGAAGUAGGUUUCGCAAAUAAUCGUGGUGACUUAUUGGUCGGUUUUCAAAACAACCUUUAUUACGUUCCAGCAACGGAAUACCUACCAAGACAUUAUCUUGAACGUCUAUUAGAUAACACAAUUGCUGAAGAUAGUGUGGAAUUUUGCAUUCCAUUUGAUCCACUUUUGAAAUUUUGGUAUGAUAGCCAGCGUGUGGAGACAAUAUCAGUUUUAAAUACCAACUCGGUAAAGUGGUCCAGUAAGAGAAUUGAUCUUCCGAGAAAAUUGACUUUGGAUAACGAGAACUCAAUAGAUUCGUCUCUUUGCUCAAUGACUCAUUCUGUGCGAUCAAGUAGUCAAGAAAAAUAUGACUUAUCGAAAUUUGGAAGAUCAAGAUCAAUUAGCAGGCUGAAGAAAUUGUAUGAAAAAAGAAAAGUUGCAAAGCUAUUUUUAGCUAGCCAGAACCAAAAGAAAAUUGAAGAAAAGCUACCACCAAUGCAGAUGAAAGAAGAAGAAAACAUUCAAAAAAUAACGUGGGCUGAAGAUCUUGAAAUCUCCUUAAAGGAAAUGGCAGGUAAAAAGUACUGGCCCUGUGCUCCGGACGGUUUCAUACCAAAUUCAGUCAUUCGCAACACUGUUGCACCGGAACCAGCACCAAAUGUAGUGGAGCCAUGGAAGCCAAGAAAGUUUGUAAAAGAAGAGAAGGGUUUUGAAUAUGUUCUUGAGGAUUAUUUCGAAGAUUGCCAACGUAAAUGGGAAUCAGACGAGGAAGAAGACUCCCUUAAUUACGAGGACCUGCCAGAUUUUAAUUUUGAUGACAUGAAAAUAAAAAAAACAAAGGAAGCUGAAGAAUCACUGCAUAAAAGAAAGAAUGCUGCCGAAAAGUAUAGCUUUUUUUUAAGAUCAAUUCAAAAAAACCUUUAA